AUGCAAACUAUAUUAGUCCUUUUUUCGUCUUUUAAUUUAACUACCAAUUAUCUGAUUGAAUAUCAUAACGUUUGUCUUUCAAUAUAUAGCUUAUUACUUAAUAUUGAAAUAUGUAUAUAUUUAAUAAAUUUUAUUAUUUUUUUACCUUUUUUUUAAUUCUCUUCUAAAGCAUUUAUUUUAAUUUAUAAUCUAUGGUUUAAAUACUUUCUUAACACAAUUCAAUUCUUUUUGUUUUUGCUUUUAUAUUCUCAACAUAACUUAUUUUUUAAAUUCAAUAAUUUUAUCUCUUCCAUAGAGCAUAUUAAGAUUUUGCUUAAUACAUUUUAUAUUUUGGUUUAUUAUGGUUAAAAGAUCGUUUUAAUAAACUUAGAAAAUGAUGUAAAAGUAUAUCAUACUAUUUUAGGUAAUAAAAACUUAAUGUAAGAUUAAUUAAUAAGAACCUUUGAUAGUCAAGUUGAAUAAUUUAUCUAAAGAUUAUUUCUCUGUCUUAUGGAAAGAGGGUUUAUUAAAAAUAUUCAAAUUAGGGAACAGUUUAGAACCAUUAUUAUUUAUUGAAAUAGGUACUUAUGAAAAUUAUGAACUAUUUUAUAUGUAUAAGAAAACAACUAUACUAUUUUCGAAUCAAGAUAGUAUUAUUCGAUAUGUUUAUGAAAAGGAAUUAAUAAAUAAUAUGAAAUAAAGAUAAAUAAUAUAUACUCUAUAUUACAAGGAGAAAGAUUAACGAUUGUAUAUGAUAACAUAAGUAAUCCUAAAUUAAAAUAGAUAAGCAAUAUUGAAAAUCAAAAAUUUAAAUCCUUAUACCAAUAAGAAUGAUUAUUAAAAUUUAAUGAACUGCUACAAUUAAAAUAAGUUGAAUAAGAUAAAAAUAAGUAGCAUACAAAUGCUACUCCAAUUGCUUUCUAUGAUUUAGCAUAUUUUAAUAACCAAAGUUCUAAUCUGAAAUAAGAAAAAAUUGAGCCAAAAAAGAUUACAAAAGAUUAAAUAUGGAAUAGCAGAAUCUGUUAAUACUUUGUAACUGGAAUAAUUAUAAGAGUUAUAACAUUUUAUAGUUGAUAAAUUGAUAAAUUAUUUAGAAUAGACUAAAACUAUUCAGAUUGGAUAAAAGCUAUAGUAGGAAGAGGAGUUGGAGAUUUCUCUAAAUAAUAUUAUCUUUUAGAAGAAAGAACAAAGUCAAUUAAUUCAUAAAUUAGAGACUAUAUGUUCAAAGAUAUAAUUUAAUAGAUUGACACAGAAACCAAAAUAAGAUAAAAAUUAUAGAAAAUAGGAACACACUAUUUAUGAAGAACAAUAGGCCGAUAUUUUAAUUACUUAAGGAAAUCUCUCUUAAAAACAAAUUAAUGAAAACAAUAAUUAUGGUGAAGAUUAGACAAACCAAAUUGAAGAUGAUUUCAAUUAAGUUUAUAUUAAAGUAAGAUUAUAUUUAUUUAUAGCACAAAUAAACACUUAUAUAAAGAUAUAGAAGAGGAAGGAUAUGA